AUGGCGAUGCACGCGAAGGCUACUCCGCCGCAGAUUCCGGACACCCGGCGGGAGCUUGCCGAACUGGUCAAGAGGAAACAAGAACUAGCUGAGACGCUUGUGAAUUUGGAACGACAAAUAUACGCCUUUGAAGGCAGUUACCUAGAAGACACUCAAAUGUACGGCAACAUCAUCCGAGGAUGGGACCGAUACCUAACUAACCAAAAGAACUCCAACAGCAAGACGGACAGAAGAAAUCGAAAAUUUAAAGAGGCAGAGCGUCUUUUCAGCAAGUCGUCAGUUACAUCGGUUGCUGCGGUUUGCGCACUAGGCGGGAUCCCAGAUCACAUGAACGAAAAACGCGAGGCAGGCAGCGGCACGGAAAGCGACGCGUCUCCGGAUCUCCAGAAUCAAGAAAAUGAGCCCAGUCAGGAAGACACGGAAGAUGUGGAUUCGGCCUUGCAGGACUUGAAACCUCAAAAAGCUGCGUCUUCCUCUUCAUCUGGCAGCCAUCAUGGAAGUCAUAAGAAGAGGAAGAACAAAAAUAGGCACAGCCCUUCUGCCAUGUUUGAUUAUGACUUUGAGUAA